UCUCACAUUUUCCUCACACCAUUUCCUCACAUACCUUGAGCAGUUUCUCCUUAAUCUUCUUUACUCUUCUUCUUCUUCAGUUGUUCAUUUUUUUCCACACUUCUAAAACACCAUGGGUGCCAUCACUUACGAUAUGGAGGUCUCUUCCUCAAUCCCUCCAUCCAAGAUGUUCAAGGCCUUUGUCCUUGACGCUGACACCCUCAUCCCCAAAAUCCUCCCCCAGGCCAUCAAGAGUGUGGAAACCCUUGAAGGAGACGGAGGAGCUGGAACUAUCAAGCUCAUUACCCUUGGCGAAGGCUAUGCUUAUAAGAGUGUGAAGCAAAGAGUCGAUGCCAUUGACAAAGACAACUUUACCUACAGUUACAGCGUCAUUGAAGGCGAUGCUUUGAUGGGCAUUUUCGAUUCAAUCUCUUAUCACAUCAAGAUCGUAGCCUCUGCCGAUGGAGGAUCCGUCUGCAAGAACAGGAGUAUUUAUCAGACCAAAGGUGAUGCUCAGGUCACAGAAGAGGAAAUCAAGUCUGGCAAAGAAAAGGCCUCUGCCAUGUUCAAGGCUAUUGAGGCAUACCUCUUGGCAAAUCCUGAUGCCUGAAACUAAAGCUUCCCAAAGUUUAUGUUGAGAUUUCUAUUUGAUGAGUGUCAUGCUUGCUUUUGUAUCAGGAUUUAAGGUGUGAUCUUCAGUUUCUUGUUGUUUUCCCGAAUUUGUUGCUUUUGUUCAAUAAAAAUGACGUUAUAUUGUAAUCUUUCUUCAAAGAAACACCCAUGAUAUAUCACUCGAUAAGAUCGUCAUGGAAUCUCAAUCACAUUGUUCA